UUACAUAUAUAUAAACUUUUUUUUGUUCAACGCGUUACAUAAAUAAAUACUAAUUUCUAACAUAUUUUCUUAAUUUUCUCUUACCUUGUCCGAAAACCUCACAGCUCAAAAAAGAAUACCAAAAGGUAAAAAGAAAAUCAAUCUCCGCCGGUUUCCUCUCUCGCCGGGGUUUUGACAGUCGUCGUCACUGUUACAGCCUCGAAACCUUACUAUUUCAGUAAAAAAAAAAAAAAUCAAGGAACAGAGAUCUUUCGAUCUUCAUCCAUUCUCUCUUCUCCAUUUUUGAUGUGUAUAUAUAUAUAUAUUUUUUUAAUUUCUGUAAGAUCUCUGAAUAAAAAAAUGAGGUCGUCGUUGCCAUCAUAACGUGUAUUCGUAAAGCAGUAGUAGUGCUGAUGUAUUUGGUCACGACUAAGUCCCUUCCUCGUCUCUUCUUCUUCUUCUUCUUCUCCUUCCUUCUCUGACUCUCUCAAAUGCCCAUAACCAGUUUGGGCAACACGAUUCCUUGAGAGAAGAUUUGUUAAAUUAACAAAGCGUUUUCUUCUCCUGCUAAACCAUCUGGGGAAGAUCUGAAGCUUACCCUUCCUCUGUUACAGACUCUCAGGGAUCUGCCGGCUACAAGUCCGGUGGAUAUUGAUAUUUAUUAGACGAUGACGUCUAAUAAUCAUUUCACAAACAGUCGAUCCAAUCUAUCAACAAACUCCGAUGCUGCUGAAGCCGGGAGGCACCAGCAAGCUGUGCCUCCCUCCGUGACAUUUGCCCGGAGGACUUCCUCUGGACGCUAUGUCAAUUACUCUCGAGAUGAUCUCGAUAGCGAACUCGGAAGUGUUGACUUCACAAACUACACGGUCCACAUUCCGCCAACUCCGGAUAACCAGCCCAUGGAUCCGUCCAUCUCUCAAAAGGUGGAGGAGCAGUACGUGUCGAGCUCCUUGUUCACAGGCGGCUUCAACAGCGUGACUCGUGCUCAUCUUAUGGACAAAGUGAUUGACUCGGAGACCAGCCACCCGCAGAUGGCGGGCGCGAAAGGCUCGUCCUGCGCGAUCCCGGGCUGCGAUGUGAAGGUGAUGAGCGACGAGAGAGGCCAAGAUCUUCUUCCUUGUGAAUGCGAUUUCAAAAUCUGUAGGGAUUGCUUUGUGGAUGCCGUGAAAACGGGCGGCGGUCUGUGCCCCGGGUGCAAGGAGCCUUACAGGAACACGGAUUUGACGGACUUGGCUGACAACAACAAGCAGCAGCAACGGCCUAUGCUCCCUCCACCGUCGGGUGGCUCAAAGAUGGAGAGAAGACUGUCGUUGAUGAAGUCGACUAAGUCCGGUUUGAUGAGGAGCCAAACCGGGGAUUUUGAUCACAACAGGUGGUUGUUUGAGACCAGUGGGACUUAUGGCUACGGAAAUGCUUUCUGGACAAAAGACGGGAAUUUCGGGAGUGAGAAGGACGGUGGUGGCCACGGCAUGGGGCCGCAGGAUCUGAUGAGCAGACCCUGGAGACCGCUUACUCGGAAACUGCAGAUUCCUGCAGCUGUUAUUAGUCCUUACAGGCUUCUGAUAUUUAUCCGAAUUGUUGUUCUUGCGCUGUUCUUGAUGUGGAGGAUUAAGCACAAAAACCAAGAUGCGAUAUGGCUGUGGGGGAUGUCUGUUGUUUGUGAGCUUUGGUUCGCCUUUUCAUGGCUACUUGAUCAGCUUCCAAAGCUUUGCCCGAUUAACCGAGCUACGGAUCUCAAUGUUCUUAAAGAAAAAUUCGAGACGCCUACUCCGAGCAACCCCACCGGGAAAUCUGAUCUCCCGGGACUCGAUAUGUUUGUAUCCACAGCAGAUCCGGAGAAAGAACCUCCUCUUGUCACUUCCAACACCAUUCUAUCGAUUCUCGCUGCUGACUACCCUGUCGAAAAGCUUGCUUGCUAUGUUUCAGACGAUGGAGGAGCGCUCUUGACAUUUGAAGCCAUGGCUGAAGCGGCGAGUUUUGCAAACAUGUGGGUUCCUUUCUGUCGCAAACACAAUAUCGAGCCGAGGAAUCCGGACUCAUACUUCAGUCUGAAAAGAGAUCCUUACAAGAACAAGGUGAAGGCUGACUUCGUCAAGGAUCGGAGACGGGUGAAGCGUGAGUAUGAUGAGUUCAAGGUUAGGAUCAACAGCUUGCCUGACUCGAUCAGGCGCCGUUCUGAUGCUUAUCACGCCAGGGAAGAGAUUAAGGCCAUGAAGCUGCAGAGACAGAACAGAGACGAUGAGAUUGUAGAGCCAGUCAAGAUUCCUAAAGCUACAUGGAUGGCUGAUGGUACUCAUUGGCCUGGAACUUGGAUAAAUUCUGGUCCUGAUCAUUCUCGUAGUGACCAUGCCGGUAUCAUUCAGGUGAUGUUGAAGCCGCCGAGUGAUGAGCCGUUACAUGGAGUAUCUGAAGGGUUCUUAGAUCUUACAGAUGUGGACAUUCGUCUUCCGCUUCUUGUCUAUGUUUCGCGUGAGAAGCGACCUGGUUAUGAUCAUAACAAGAAAGCAGGAGCCAUGAAUGCGCUGGUCCGAGCUUCUGCAAUCAUGUCCAACGGUCCAUUUAUACUGAAUCUUGACUGUGAUCAUUACAUCUACAACUCUCAGGCUUUGAGAGAAGGAAUGUGUUUCAUGAUGGAUCGAGGCGGUGACCGGCUUUGCUACGUUCAGUUCCCGCAACGGUUCGAAGGUAUUGACCCAUCGGAUCGGUAUGCUAAUCACAACACUGUCUUCUUUGAUGUGAACAUGAGAGCUCUUGAUGGUUUGAUGGGUCCGGUCUAUGUGGGAACUGGUUGUCUCUUCAGAAGAAUCGCCUUGUACGGAUUCGACCCGCCUCGGUCUAAAGAACACCAUCCCGGAUGCUGCAGCUGCUGCUUCCCUCGCAAGAAGAAGAAGAGCCGUGUUCCCGAAGAAAACCGAUCUUUGAGAAUGGGUGGUGACUCGGAUGAUGAUGAAGAGAUGAAUCUUUCUUUGGUUCCGAAGAAAUUUGGAAACUCCACUUUCCUCAUCGAUUCAAUCCCCGUCGCCGAGUUCCAAGGUCGCCCUCUUGCGGAUCACCCGGCUGUGCAGAACGGGAGACCUCCGGGCGCUCUCACCAUUCCUCGCGAGCUUCUCGAUGCAUCCACCGUGGCAGAAGCCAUUGCUGUCAUCUCCUGUUGGUAUGAGGAUAAAACCGAGUGGGGAUCUCGGAUCGGUUGGAUUUAUGGUUCUGUAACGGAGGAUGUGGUCACAGGCUAUAGAAUGCAUAACCGAGGCUGGAAAUCGGUUUACUGCGUGACGAAACGGGACGCAUUCCGUGGCACAGCUCCGAUCAACUUGACGGAUAGGCUUCACCAGGUCCUCCGAUGGGCCACUGGCUCGGUGGAGAUCUUCUUCUCGAGAAACAACGCCUUCCUCGCAAGCCCGAGGAUGAAAAUCCUCCAGAGAAUCGCUUACCUAAACGUUGGAAUCUACCCUUUCACGUCCAUCUUCCUCAUCGUCUACUGCUUCCUCCCCGCGCUCUCCCUCUUCUCAGGCCAGUUCAUAGUGCAAACACUCAAUGUCACAUUCCUCAUCUACCUCUUAAUCAUCUCCAUCACGCUCUGCUUGCUCGCUCUCCUCGAGAUCAAAUGGUCAGGAAUCUCACUCGAGGAAUGGUGGCGAAACGAGCAGUUCUGGCUCAUUGGAGGAACAAGCGCUCAUCUAGCCGCGGUUAUCCAAGGACUGCUCAAAGUGGUCGCCGGGAUCGAGAUCUCGUUCACACUGACGUCUAAAUCCGGAGGAGACGAUGUAGACGACGAAUUCGCGGAUCUCUACAUUGUGAAGUGGACAUCGCUUAUGAUCCCACCCAUCACAAUCAUGAUGGUGAAUCUAAUCGCGAUCGCGGUCGGGUUCAGCAGGACCAUUUACAGUGUGAUUCCGCAGUGGAGUAAGUUGAUCGGAGGAGUGUUCUUCAGUUUCUGGGUUUUGGCUCAUCUUUAUCCUUUUGCUAAAGGGCUUAUGGGGAGAAGAGGAAGGACUCCGACCAUUGUCUAUGUCUGGUCCGGACUUGUUGCCAUCACCAUUUCUCUGCUUUGGGUCGCCAUUAAUCCUCCUGCUGUCGCUGCUGCAGACGGUACUUUCACUUUCCCUGGAUUUUCUACUUCUCCUUCGCCUUCGCCUUCUGCGAAUCCUCAGCAGCAGGCUGCUUCUCCUCCGCCGUCGACGGCUGGUACUGAAGCUUCUGCUCCUCCGCGGGCUCGGAAUGAUAACCCGAGGACGAGUUCCGGUGGUUUCGAUCCGGAGGCGCUGGAGCGAGGAGCUAAAGCCUUGAAGGAGAUCAACAAAUCCUCUUACGCCAAAAAGGUUUUUGAAAGUAUCAAGCAGCAAGAAGAGACAAAGCAAACUGAGUUUGCAGCCAAGGCGCAGGAGUUUAAAGCUUUGCUAGCCCAAUCUGAAACUGAGAGGCAUAAGGUCAUAUAUGAUGAACAGAAGAAACUUGCUCAGCACCAAGCACAGACGAAAUCGCAGAUGGCCCGUUAUGAAGAUGAUUUGGCAAGAAAGAGGAUGCAGGCAUGCGACUUUCAUUACAAUCUUAUAGAACAUAUGGAGUUUCUUUUAUUAGUUCUAACAACUUUUGUUGUGUAUAUCGUUUUACAGGCUGAGAAUGAGUUUCAUAGAGCAAGAAAUCAAGAACUUGUCAAAAUGCAAGAAGAAUCGGCAAUCAGGCAGGAACAAGCUCGACGAGCUAGUGAGGAACAGAUCCAGGCACAGAGGCGACAAACUGAGAGGGAGAAGGCUGAGAUUGAACGUGAGACAAUCAGGGUUAAAGCUAUAGCAGAAGCGGAAGGAAGAGCCCAUGAAGCAAGGCUUGCUGAAGAUGUAAACAGGAGAAUGCUUGUUGAUCGUGCAAAUGCAGAAAGAGAGAAAUGGGUUGCUGCCAUAAACACUACAUUCGACCAUAUUGGAGGCGGGUUGCGUGCAAUUCUAACGGAUCAAAAUAAACUGAUUGUUGCUGUUGGGGGUGCCACCGCUCUCGCAGCUGGAAUCUACACAACGAGAGAAGGUGCAAAGGUUAUCUGGAGCUAUGUGGACAGAAUAUUAGGACAACCAUCUUUGAUCCGAGAAUCGUCAAGGGGCAAGUACCCUUGGUCUGGUUCGCUCUCUCGUGCAAUGUCCUCAUUACGCGGAAAGGAGUCAGCAACCAAAAAUGGAAAAGGGUUUGGUGAUGUUAUUUUGCAUCCUUCCCUACAGAAGAGAAUUGAACAGCUUGCUAAUGCAACCGCCAACACAAAAUCGCACCAGGCUCCUUUCCGAAAUAUGCUUUUCUAUGGUCCUCCAGGAACAGGAAAAACAAUGGCUGCCAGAGAGCUUGCUCGUAAAUCUGGUCUGGAUUAUGCACUGAUGACUGGUGGAGAUGUUGCUCCCCUUGGAUCUCAGGCGGUUACAAAGAUUCACCAACUGUUUGACUGGGGGAAAAAGUCUAAGAGAGGCUUAUUGCUCUUCAUUGAUGAAGCCGAUGCAUUUUUGUGCGAGAGGAACAAAACGUACAUGAGCGAAGCCCAGAGGAGUGCACUAAAUGCUCUUCUCUUCCGUACGGGUGAUCAGUCCAAAGACAUAGUCUUAGCACUUGCCACAAACAGACCUGGUGACCUAGACUCCGCUGUGGCUGACCGUGUCGAUGAGGUUCUUGAAUUCCCGUUACCCGGAGAAGAAGAGCGAUUCAAGCUUCUAAGCCUCUAUCUAGAAAAGUACAUAGCUCAAGCUGGUCCAAGAAAGCCAGGCUUGUUCGACCGCCUCUUCAAGAAAGAGCAGCAGAAGAUCGAAAUAAAGGGUGUUACUGAAGAGCUCUUAAAGGAAGCGGCUGCAAAAACCGAAGGGUUUUCAGGUAGAGAGAUUGCGAAACUGAUGGCGAGUGUUCAGGCAGCUGUUUAUGGAAGCGAGGACUGUGUGUUGGACUCCAUGCUGUUUAGAGAGGUUGUGGAUUACAAAGUUGCAGAGCAUCAACAGAGAAGAAAAUUGGCUGGAACCGAUUCGAAGUGAGAUUUAGAUACAAGCUAAUCAGGUUGGUCUCCUCUUCACACUUUCGGAAAGAGGCAAACAGAAACUGUCCAGUUGUUUCGGAAGUUUAGGCAGAGAUUUGAAUCCUAUUGUUUCUCCUUUUUCGUUAAGGAGAGAGAGGUUUUGUACUGUGUUACUGCUCAGAUUUACUUAUUUAGCAGAGCCCAAACUAUAUAACUCGAAUAAAACACCCGCCUCACGUUACAUUCUGUUUCCCGAAGGCCAUACUAACGGGCUUUUGUGGGGCCGAUAUUAUUCACUGUAAAAGUCUUGUUGGGC